AUGAAAGGAGCACAUCCACCUUCUUCACCUCAGUCAUCUGUGAAUCAGGCAUCAUUCGCAGGAAAAUUUUCAGAAAAUGAGCUUAGAGCUGAAAAGUUACUCCCAAUGAUUGUGGAUUAUUCUAUUGAAUUUACAUCAGCUAUUCAUAAUGAUAUUCAUAGAUCUGUUGUAUUUGAAGGUGGAAAAUUAGUAGGAAAUAUAAUUUUAAAACCAUCUAGUAAUGUAUUUGAUACAUCAUUCGCUUUGAAAUAUCAACAACAAGUACAACAAAAUCCGAACUUGAUCAUUGAUAGGGAUUUAUCAUCACCUUUAUCAGCACCAUUCGCAUCAAGUAAUAUUUCAUCAAAUAGUAAUAAUUCAAAUUCAGCCUUCGGAAGUACCAAUAAUACUAUCCCUAUUGCUGAUCAAUUACUUUAUGGUUAUUUAUUUACAACAUUUGCAAACAUUUUUGAUAUUAAACCUGAUAAAAGUCAAGAUGCACAAGCAGAUGAUAUGUAUUUACCAUCAAAUAAUUUAAUUUUACUUGAUGAAAAACAAAGAGAAUCAUUAUUAUUUAAAUCUAAGAAAGUUUGGAGAGAAUUAUUUUCUAAAUUACAUAUCAAGACUUACAUCUCUUCUAGAUUUCCUGAAAGUGUUCGUUCAUCUACUCCAUCAACACCAGGUGGAUCUAGUUCUAGUGCAACAUCUAUAGAGAUUAAUUAUUUUGAUAAUAGCAAGGAAUUUAUUGAUUUUUAUUUAUUUAAAAGUAAUUUUGUUGCCAAGCAAGCUGUGAAUACUCAAAGUGUAUUUAUGGAAUUAACAUGUAAUGAGAUUGAACUAUUGGAUCAAGAUAGUACUGAUUUUAGAGUUACAUUUCCAUUUAGUAUUGAUGUUCCACUAAAUGACUCUAAUAGAAAUCCAUACUUUGUAAUUUCAGAAAUUUUCAUUCCUUCUGAUCAAUUCACUGAUAGUAUGGUUAGAUCAUUGGCUGAUGCUAAAUCACCAUCUUUCAAAGUUAAUAAUUUCGAUUUGGAUUUCCUUGUUUCUUAUGAAACAAGUUUACAAUAUAUUCCUUCAAGAAUAUUUUUAUGUGCAUUAUGUAAACCUAUAGUAUUGAGAAAAUCAAUCAAAUUACAAUCAAAAACAAAAUUGCUAAAUAUGAAAAAUUAUAUUCAACUAGUUCUAGAAAAUACUUGCGAAAAUCAAUCUCUUAAAAUUGAAAAGGUUGAACUCAACCUUACAAAUGCUAGAUUCUUUAAUUAUUUACCUCCUGGAGAAGCUCAAAAGUUAAUGAUAGUAAAUGAAAGAGAGGAAAAAGUGCCAAAUGAUUCUGAUGAAACAACUACAACAAAUUAUUUAUUAUCACCACCUCCUUCUACUAUUUAUGAUUUAUUUGACUGUUUUAUAGAAAAAUCACAAUUCCCAAUAGAAUUAAAACCUUUUGAACAAUAUACACUUAAUUUAUUAAUAACACCAAUUUAUAGAAAUAUGGAUGAAAUAAUUGACAAACUCCAAAAUAAGAAAUCCAUAGUUAAUUUAUUUAUGAAUAAUUCGAGUGUAACAGCAAGUAUACCUUUUAAUAGUAAUGGUACAUUAGAAAAUCAAUCAUCUAAUAAUUCAAUUGUAUGGGAUGAUAGUUUAGCUCAAUAUAAAUCUAAAGUUGAUAUUACUUAUACAAUUAAAAAUCAAGAAGAUGAAGGAAAAACAUCAACAUUUAAGAGUUUUAUGGAAGUACCAUGGGUUGCUAUUUUAAAACGUGGAUUAUUUGCAUCAAUCAAAUGUGAUAAGCAAUCAGUUGCAUUAAUGGCACCUUUUACAAUUUCAAUAUUUUUAUCUAAUUUUAGUGAUAGUGAAUGUGAUUUAAUUCUCUCAUCACAACCAACAGCAGAAUCUUCAAUAAUUUGUCAAGAUGCUCAAAUUGAUGUUGGUAUUGUAAAACCAUCUCAAUCAACCAAAGUUGUUUUGCACUACAUUGGUGUUCAACAAGGUUUACAUCACAUGGAUUUACUUUGUAUUUAUAAUAAGAAAACUCAACAACAAUUCAUCUUUCCUUUCUAUAUUCAAGUUAUCAUUACAAAAUAA